UUGAGUAUUGAAAAUGCCGGCCAAUUUCCGGCGAUCCUUCGCCGCCGCUGCAGGCUCCUUGAAUCAGUUGCGACGGUUCCACGAAUUCGCCCCUACCGCCCGUCGUCGACUCAACCUCCCCGGCCAUGGAGAUCAUCCCAGUUUCCCCGAUCUCGCCGCUCAUAGAGACUGGCUGAGCACGCCUCAAGUAAUCCGAAUUUUCCAGACUCUCGAAAACCCUAACCACGCGCUGCCGCUGUUGGAUCAGCUCUCCCGCCGCCGCGACUACCGCCCCAAUGAGUCGCUCUACUCCACCGUCAUCCACAAGCUCGAACUCGCCGGGGACUUCGACGGAAUCGACGCAGUCAUGGCACGGAUCAAGGCCGAGCGGAACUGCCGCCUCUCCGACGCCUUCUUCCGGAACGUGAUCAAAAUCUACGGCCACACCGCCGGCAGAAUCAACCGCGCAAUCGCCACACUAUUCGCCAUGCCGAGCUACAAGUGCUGGCCUUCCACCGCGACCUUCAAUUUCGUGAUGAAUCUGCUGGUGAAUUCCAAGCAAUACGACGUCGUCCACCAGGUGUACGCAGCGGCGCCGGAGUUGGGGGUCGAGAUCGACGCUUGCUGCCUCAACAUAAUCAUCAAAGGUUUAUGCAAUUGCGGCAAAAUCGAGGCCGCACGCAAGGUGUUCGACGAAUUUCCCGACCAGAAAUGCGCGCCGAAUCUCCGAACCUUUUCAACACUAAUCCACGGCCUCUGCCAACACGGCCGUGUUGACGAGGCCUUUGUGCUGAUGGACCGUAUGGAGGCCGACGGCGUAGAGGCGGAUGCCGUCGUCUUCAACAUACUGAUUUCAGGGUUGAGGAAGCUCCGCAGAGUGGAGGAGGGGAUCAAGCUUUUCGACCAGGCUAUGAUCAAGGGUUGUGAGCCGAACCCGGCGACGUACCAGGAGGUGGUGUAUUGCUUGCUCGACGGCCGGAGGCUUGGCGAGGCGAAGAGUUUUGCGGCGAGGAUGAUCGACAAGGGGAUGAAGCCGAGCUAUGAGACGUACAAGCGCCUGAUCAUAGGUUUUUGUGAAGACAAUGCUAUGGAGGAUGUGGAGUGGACGUUGAAAUGGAUGUCUGAGCACAGAUUUGUGCCCAAGAUGGGGAUGUGGAAACAGAUGGUUCGAUGCGUAGUCACGUCGGAUGAAUUCGAAUUCGGACACGAAGACAUCAUGGGUUCUUGAAUUUCAAUCAAAUCCUAUCUGGAAUUUUUACUGGGCGGGACUUAUGGGCCCGAAUUUCAAAUUUAAACAUGGGCCGAGGCAAAACACUGUGAAGCCCAAUAAAGAAGACGAGACUGUAGACAGAGUCCGCCAGAGUCAAUCAAUACUCACUACGAAUC